GCAACAGAUGAGUUUCGCGUUUUUAGAUUCAUUAUUAUUAUUAUUAUUAUUAUUAUCGACGUCACUUGGCCGCUCUAGACGAAAUGUGAGCGAACGAAUGAUUUUUAUAAUAAACCGCUUAGUCAAUGAUGAUCUCGCAGUUUGGACGUCAGUUGGGUUUUUUGGUUUUUAUCUAUUGAGCGCUAUCGCGCCGCAGUGUUGUCUUCCGAUCAUUACGUAUUUUUAUGGUUGCCGAAUGACAAUUAACACGAUUAACUUCCUUAAACGUUGUUGAUUCAAUCGGUAAAAAUCUAUAACGUGUGAUAAAAAUACCAAACGAUUCAUACCAUGUUAGAGCAUAUCCCAUUUCUGGGCGAUUGGCAUCGAUCAACCGAAUUAGGAUGUGGUGCAUUUGCCGAAGUAUGGGUAUGGCAACAUGCAAAAUCCAAGGAGAAAAUCGUUGUUAAAACAUAUCGCGUUUUGGAGGGUCAGAAUGCGGAGGAACACAAGGAACGAUGUAAUCGCGAAGUUGAAAUGAUGACCAACAACAUUCGACAUGUGAACAUUGUUCGUGGCUUGAAAGUAAGGCCAGAUAACUUCCUCAGCGAGUUAUUGAAAGCAAAUCCAACGGGAAUGCCAGCUUUGAUCACUGAAUAUUACGAAGCCGGUAAUUUGAGGCGACAGUUGAACGAUAAUCGCAAUUCGUCGGGGAUGCUUGAGUCAGAAGUGAGAAACAUUUUGCAGUCAUUAAAAAAUGCGCUCUUCUACUUGCAUUCACUGUCAAAAGUCCAUCGAGAUGUUAAACCAGAAAAUGUAGUAAUUCACUUGACUAACGAUGGACAACGAAUCUAUAAGCUAACGGACUUGGGCUGUAGUAAACCGAAAGAUUUCCGUAAUAUCGAAGCGAGUUUAGUUAGUAAAAUGGUAUAUUCGGCUCCGGAGCUCAUCAUAUCUGAGAAACACAGUUAUUCAGUAGAUUAUUGGUCAAUGGGUAUGGUUAUCUAUGAAGUGAUUACCGGAACCAGGCCGUUUGUACCUCAUUUACCACUGGCACAAUGGAUUUUGCGCGUUCGAGCAAAAGAAUCGAAACAUAUAACGAUGUAUGAAGAUGAUGCUGGUAAAAUCGUAUAUUCAAAUGAAAUUUAUGGUGAAAAUCAGAUAUCGACAAUGUUCUCGAAACUAUUGGAAACAUGGUUUAAAUUGGCAUUCGAGUGGAAUAAAAAGCAAAGGGGAUAUGUUUUCGAGAGACCUACUAUCGCCACGAAUUCUGAAUUGGCCGAUUCGCCACCAGUUCAAGUGUUGAAGUUUUUUCAAAGUGUGGACGAUAUUUUGGAAAAAAAGAUCCUUACUAUAUUUGUGUUGACAAACUACACGUAUCUCAGCGUAGUAAUUGAUAACAACACGACCAAUGACGAUUUAUUUGCAUUUAUCGAGCAAAAAGCGCAUAUUCCCACAUCACAGUGUCACAUAAUUAUGGCGGCCGAUUUGACUAAACAAUUUACUAAACCGAUUGAAUUAUACGUGGAUGGAUGUUUCGAUAAACCAAUGGUAUUUGUACUACAAACUGGUGGCAUUGCAUCACUUGAUAAACUGAUUGAUGACGACCCAAUUGCCGUCGAAUUGCCCGCUAGUGUGAGAAAUGUGCUUGCAAAUCAAGAGAAACGACUCAAAACACAAUCACUGCGAAAAUUUGCCUGUGAUACAUUACAUUUUGUACGCAAUGAGAAUCAAAGGUAUAAAACAUGUUUAGACGGAUGGUUCCAUUUUGCGUUGCAACUCAAUUAUGACAUUGAAAUGUGCCUACAGAAUGUCAAGCAAAUGCAAAUGCUAAUCUACGGUGUAUGCGGUGCUCUUGAUCUUUACAAGCAAACAUUGGAUUUGGUGCAAGUAAGAAAUGCCAAUUUGGAGGCCAGUUGGUUGGAUCAACAUGAAAAAAUAUCGCAAAAUAUCGAACGACUGGUGGAGGCUUGCGACAAAAUAACCAUUCGAUUUGGUUCAGUAUACCGGCGAAUUCGCGAAACGAGCAAUUGUGACAUUUUAUUGAAUAGAAACACACGUGAUUUCUACGAUAUUAUCAAUGCAACAAAAGCGUACGAUGCGCUUUGCAAGCAAAUUAUGAAUAACAACACUCAUCCAAAGCCACACUUUGAAUUGUUUCAAUGCGCCUACAAAUGUCUUAAGCAACGUGAAUCCCUUCUGCGGAACAAAACUUUCAUCGAAAUGCAAAGAAAUCUCAACUGCAUACAUAUCGAGUUUAAUGAAAUAAAAAAAGCAUUGGAAAAGGCAACAGUACCAGCAGAAAAAUACCGAAAUGAAUUAAAUGAAGCGAAUAAACAGUUGCAUGAGCACGCAUGGUUUCUGGUAGAAAAGUGCCUUAAACCUGACAUGAACACCGUAUCGACGAGCAACUCCGAUUUGACACUCACUACCACCAGCAUCCCGAAUGGCAGUGUUGAUCCGCAAGCGACCAACGAAAUGAUGAUUGAGAUGCGCAAAGUUCGAGAAAUGGAGCGCCAAAUCACUAAAGAUCACUUGAAAAAAACUAAAUUACUCAUUGAUGACAACAUUAAUCUUCGCAUCAAAAUGGCCGAUGUAAUGAACGAGAUUAAUGAAGAGCUUAAAAUUAAGCCAAACUGAAAGAAAACCAAAGAAAAACUUAUGCCAAAGAUGAUUUACUCUCAUAGAGACUAACUGAAGAUAAAUUUAAAUAGCAAACCCUUCGUUUUGAAUCAAAGCAAUUUUGGAAUAAAAAAUUACAAAAAAUAAAAAAA